AUAUGUCAUAUGUCAGUUUAGUUUGUAUUGCUGUUGGUAUAUGUAUAGUAAUUUACUAAAUAAAAUGUCAGGAUCUAAAAAGAUGACGCUGCGAGUGCAGUCGCCGGAGGGCACCUCACGGAUUGAGGUGCUGGACACAGACGUUACGUCGCGGUUAUAUGAAUGUGUCUAUGAAGUCUUACGCCUCAAUACCUUUGGAUUUUCCCUGUACCGCGACCGACAGCGCAAAGAGGAGAUUGUUUCGAGUAAAUCACAUACACUUCGUGAAUACGGUUUACAGCACGGCGACAUGUUGUAUCUGAAUCCAGUGAACGGCACAGUGUUAUUUGACCAGCCCUCCACUAGCGCAGAGGACAACAACAAGCCAUCGGGGGAGCCGGUGGGCGCGGGCCCCUCCACCUCGAGUAUGCAAGCGGCCGCCCCCAAACCUGAAGAAGAUGAAGUGGAUCUAGAGCUAUACAAACUUUCCGGUGCCAUCCAGAGAGAGCGAGAUGACAAAUUAUGUCGGCACAACUCCAAGGGGUGCUGCGUGCACUGCUCGCCGCUGGAGCCCUGGGACGAGGGCUACCUGCGGGAGCACAACAUCAAGCACAUGUCCUUCCAUGCCUACCUGCGCAAGAUUACUUCCGGAAAAUUUAUUUCUUUGGAUGAACUUUCGUGCAAAAUCAAACCAGGCUGCAAGGAGCACCCGCCAUGGCCGCGCGGCAUCUGCUCGGCGUGCCAGCCGGGCGCCGUGACUCUCAACCGGCAGCCCUACCGGCACGUGGACAACGUGCUGUUCCAGCACCCCGCCCUGGUGGAGCGCCUGCUGGCUUACUGGCGCGCCACCGGCCACCAGCGCCUCGCCUUCCUCUACGGCCGCUACGAGCGUCACCCCGACGUGCCCCUCGGUAUCCGCGCGCGUGUCACUGCGGUGUGGGAGCCGCCGCAGGAGAGCGGGCGCGACUCCAUCGUGCUGGGCGAGGAGCCGCACGCCGCGCUGCUGGCGGAGCUGGCCGCCCGGCUGGGGCUGCGCCGCCUCGGCUGGAUCUUCACCGACCUGCUGCCCGAGGACCUGGCCGCCGGCACCGUGCGACAUCUCAGGGGAGUGGACACACACUUCCUGUCUGCGCAGGAGUGCAUCACUGCGGGGCACUUUCAGAACCUGCAUCCCAACGCGUGUCGACAUUCCUCCUCCGGAUACUUCGGCUCCAAGUUCGUCACCGUCUGCGUCACAGGUGACAGCGAGAAGCAGGUGCACCUGGAGGGGUACCAGGUGUCGGGGCAGUGCCAGGCGCUGGUGCGGGAUGGCAUCCUGCUGCCGACCAGGGACGCCCCCGAGCUGGGCUACAUCCGCGACUGCAGCGCGAACCACUACGUACCAGAUGUCUACUACAAGGAGCGCGACGCGUACGGCAACGAGGUGGGCGUGUCCGCGCGCCGCGUGCCCGUCGCCUACCUGCUGGUGGACGUGCCGGUGGGCGUGGCCCGCCAGCCCCCCGCCCCGCACGCCCCGCCCCCUACACGCUCCGCCCCGCCCAUGGCGCUGCACUCGCUGCGAGACCUGCACCGACACCUCGAGGCCGCGCCCUCCUUCCUCGAGGCGAUGUCGGAGCUGCACGUGCUGCUGUACCUGUGCACCAACGAGGCUCUGCCGCUGUCGCUGUCGUGCAUGUCGCCCCUGCUGGCGGCGGUGCGGGCGCAGGACGCGGCGGGCGCCGAGCGGUGGCGAGCGGGGCCGCAGCCCGCCACUCUGCUGCAGCUGGCGCGCGCGGCGGCGGAGGGCGAGGGCGAGAUGUCGCCAGCGUCCGGCGCCGGCGCCGCGCUCUGGACCUGCGCCCUCUGCACCUACCACAACGCGGCAGACCUGCGCGCCUGCGAGAUGUGCGCCAUGCCAAGGAACGACAUGUAAAGAUGUCCGGCCUCGUGCGGUGCAGCUUCAGGAGCAGUGCGGCCGCACUUUGCACCGGACACCGGAACUCUCCCGAGACUUAAUAUAAAGAUUAUAUUUUUAUAGUCGACGACUACUUUAAUUCCACAAAUGUAAAUCAAAACUUUAUAUAUUUCCAACUCUGCCCUACAUUUAAAUUAAAUAAUUCGGUGGUAAAUUUGUUUGACAACAACAUGAUCCGGCGCCGGUACUGCGACAUGUGUACUGCGACAUGUGUACUGCGACAUGUGUACUGCUACAUGUGUACUGCGACAUGUGUACUGCGACAUGUGUACUGC